AUUGAUAGCUCGCUAGCGCCACUCGCGAAUCGCCAUCUUGAUCAAACAAGACGGCGUAGGUAUAAGGACUCGUCGCGUAGAAAUUGUUUAAUUACUUUAAUUAAAGUAAAGCUUACUUAUUCCUAUUUUAUUAUUAAGAUUACAUAUAUUUAAGUUCUCAAAAUGUCAGGAGGCAGCGGCGCAAAUAGAAACGAAUGCAGAAUAUAUGUUGGUAACCUACCCCCUGAUAUAAGGACAAAGGAUAUCCAAGACUUAUUUUACAAAUUUGGUAAAGUUACAUUCGUUGAUUUGAAGAACAGAAAAGGCCCACCAUUCGCAUUCGUUGAAUUCGAAGAUCCCAGAGACGCGGACGACGCUGUGCGUGCGCGGGACGGUUACGACUACGACGGGUACCGGCUGCGCGUGGAGUUCCCGCGCGGGGGCGGCGGCGGCGGGCGCGGCGGUCGCGGCGGGGGCGAGCGCUUCGGGGGCCGGCCCGCCGCGCGCGGCCCGCCGGCCCGCCGCUCAGAGUACCGCGUGCUCGUCACCGGCCUGCCGCCCUCUGGUUCAUGGCAGGAUCUAAAGGAUCACAUGCGUGAAGCGGGCGACGUGUGCUUCGCGGACACGUUCAAAGAUGGCUCCGGAGUCGUGGAGUUCCUGCGGCACGAGGACAUGAAGUAUGCUGUCAAGAAGCUGGACGACUCUAGGUUUAGGAGUCACGAGGGUGAAGUAUCAUACAUUCGCGUCAAAGAAGACUAUGGAAACAAUGACCGUUACAGUGGAGACAGAGAUAGGUCCCGCUCGUACUCCCCGCGGCGCGGGCGCGGCUCGCCCACCUACUCGCCCGUGCGCCGCUCCUACUCGCGCGACCGCGACCACGCCUACUGACCUGGCGCGGCGCGGCGGGCGAACGGCGACGACUUCUAACCGCUUUCUGUACAUCCCCCCCACACCCCCACCCCCACACCCACUCCCCCACCCUCCACACGCCCUGACAACAUCGCACACACCCUGUAUAGCGUAAAAGUAUCAAUACAAACCAGGGGCCGGGUGAUCUCUUGUUUUUAGAUAGAUUACGCCGUGAAUUGAGUUGACCAAAUUCAUAUUAUGAUCGCAAUAAGAUGAUAUGGUUAUUGCAAUCGUAAUGUGAAUUUGCCAGUCAGUUCACCGCGUAUACUGUCUGGAAAUAAGAGGUUAUAAUACCACCCCAGAGCGCUAUCCGCUAUCGCCGUGGGUAGUGGUAUACCGAUCGGUACGCGAUUAGAGUCUCUAUAUUAUACUAGGUAAGAGUCACAAUUGCGAAUACCGGUCCGGUUUGCAGACACGUGUGCGAUGACGUGACGGCGCGACCGAACUAGACGUAACGAGUGUAUAAGUUGAUGUGUAUACUGUAUGUCGUGCCGCCGUUGGCCGAGCUGCGCGGAGCCAGCGGCCAGCGGCGACAGUGACGGCGCGCCUUUAUCUGUAUAAUGAGCGAGUGUUUUUUUGUUUCAUCCACUGUGGAUUGGGCUCGUUGGACGCUCGGCCGGAGGCGGCAUGUCGGAUGUCGGAUGUCGGAUGUCGGAUGUCGGAUAGGAACGAUCGGAUAGGACGCGCGCACUCACCGCCGCCGGACACGGUCCGAUUGAGGAUAAUUGAGGAUAAUUCGUUUUAGCGCCGCGGAUCACGGAUCUCGGAUCUCUGGUAUGCAUUUGAAAUUAUUGCAGAGUGACUUGUUGUUGAGUGCCCGCUCCGACUUUGUUUCACAUUCACGUUUGACAGACGCUCCGUCGAGCUGACACAUUAGUUUAUUUAGGUUAUGCGCUGUGUUUUAAAGGUCGAAUUUGCGGUUUGCGAACAUAUUGAUAACUUUGAUAAUUGACCAUAGAUGAAACCGCAAAUUGUUACCGUUAAAAUUUAAAUGCAUUGAAAUGAUUCUUUUGAGAGAUAAUAUAUUUUUACCUAUAUAAGGUUCGAGCUCCCCUCACAAGCCGGUAACGGGCCUAAUUCGACCCCCCGUCCCUUGCUCGAGCGCCCUGUGCGACCGGCUUGCGCAAACCGACUUGACAUGCAAAAGUAUUGUGCCGAAUGAGCAAGAUUUAAAUUAAUAUAAUGAAUUUUAUAUUGUUAAAAUAUGAUUUUGUCGAGUCUAAAAGAGAAAGGAGAUGUUUUAUGUUUGGAGUAGGAUAUCGUGCAAUUUUAAAAAUACUAUAAUAUGUAGUCAGAUUUUUUUUCUAAUUAAUGUUUAUCGCAAAAUUAUACAUUUAAAAUGGCGGACCAAGUAUUUAUAUACUAAAGAAAUGUCAGCUCGAAAUGGAAUCCAUCUCCUUUUUAAAUCGUGCUUUAAAACCGUUUUGUGUGCGCCGGCUAUCAAGGCGCUCGAGCAAGUUUAGUUUAAAUUUUUUUUAUAAAUCAAACUGUAUUAUAUUUGGAUAAUUGACGACGCGCUCGCGUUAAUGUGUAAUGUAAUUUAGGUACUACGUCUGCAUUCCAAACACUGAGUUUGAUGGACUUGAAUAAAUAAUAUGGAGAUA